UCCUUUGAGAAUCGGCCUUACUCACUCUCGCUCUCAAACUCCUCGCAUUCUCAGUGCGAUCCAGCUGAGUGGGUGAAAAGCAAAGGACUGAGAGAAAAGGAGAGAGAGGCAGCUUGUAUGAGGCAGCAGUCAAUCACUCAGCACAGCCCGCCAGAGAGAGAGAGAGAGAGAGAGAGAGAGAGAGAGAGCAAGAGAUUGGAGAAGCAGCCAGUCGCUCGUCCCUCACUCCAGGCUCUAAGUUUAUAGGCAGCCAGGCAGAUUUUCUUGGCUUCGACACAGCGCUCAUGACAGGAUUAGGAGCCGGGGACGUGGGACCAACCGGAGAUCUGCAGGUCCUAGUGGACAAGCCUGGGCCAGAUUCUCUCCCUGCACAGCUGUGACCGGCCUCCCGUGUCCCGUCACACCAAUCAUCCGACAACAGUCUUCCAAGGUUGACCUGAUUACAGAGAGGCCUCGCUUCCUCUCCUCUCCUCUCCCAUCAUGCGUCUCCUCACCACCCUCCUCCUCUUACUGCUCCUCCGGGAAGCUGAGCCCCGGAGAGGCCCUCGGUCGGGGGCUUUGGAGAGGGGCGCUGGGGGCCGUGUACGGGGCAGAGGCAGGGCCGGAGUGAUGAGACGUCAAACUCAGGAGUGUAAGGAAUACAUGGAGGCGGGAGAGAAGUACCUGGACUGCCAGGACAGGCAGCUGACCACCGUGAUGCAGGACUGGCCCAAAGAUAUUCACCACCUGCUGCUGGCAAGAAAUAAGAUCCAGGUUCUGAGGGACAACAUGUUCUCCCAGUUCACCCAGCUAAAGAGCCUGGACCUCCAGCAGAACGACAUCUCCAUGGUGGAGGACGGAGCAUUCAGCGGCCUCUCCCAGCUCACCACCCUGCUCCUCCAGCACAACAGAUUGAAAACAGCCACCGAGGAGGUCCUGCUCCCUAUGCCCCGCCUCACCUACCUCCGUCUCUAUGACAACCCCUGGAGCUGCCACUGCCAAUUGGACAGCCUGAUCAGGACCCUGCAGGUGCCUAGCAACCGCAACCUGGGCAACUACGGCAAGUGCGCGGAGCCCCAGUCGCUGAGGGGCCAGAAGCUAAGGAAGCUGAAUGUGGACUUGUUGUGUGCGGGUGACAACCAGGUGGACAGGAGGCCGGGAGGGGACCGAGGUGGGGGGCCACCUCCACCCAUCAAGAAGCCAGAGGCCACGUCCAUGUGCCACACCUACAUGUUCCCAAAACCUCUGCUGGACUGCAGCAGUAAAGAUUUGAAUAACAUCCCGUCAGACCUGCCGUCUGACAUAGUCAAGAUGGAUCUGUCCAGUAACACCAUCAAACAUCUCAGGCCCAAACAGUUCCUGCUGUCCAAAGACCUCAAGCUGCUCAACCUUAGUGGCAACAACCUGCAACAUAUAGAUACAGCUGCAUUCGCAGGCCUGCUGUACCUCCGUGAGCUCGACCUGUCCAACAACAGUCUCCACUACUUCCAGUAUGGUGUACUAGAGGACCUCUACUUCCUGCGGAAGCUCUCGCUGGAGAACAACCCCUGGAUCUGCGACUACAACAUUCACUACCUGAUCUACUGGCUCAAGCACCACCCCGGCGUCUACUACACUGGCCUGAUCUGCUCCGAGCCACAGGAGUUCAUGGGCUGGCGUGUUGAGGAUUACGUCAAGACCUACAACGGGGAAUGUCCCAAGGAUAAACAAACUGGAGGAAUGGAUACGGGACAGGGAGGACAAGGGGGGACAGAAAAUGAGGCACAAGAGGUGAUGGGGGAGACGGUUGUUGGGCAGGGUGGGCGUCUACCGCAGCACCUGAAAGAGAAAAAGAAGCCCAACAAGUUUGAGAUCAUCAGGCUGAGUUAGAAAGGUGGUGGAUCGGUGGACAGGUGUGGUUUAGUGUGGAGGUCAAAGGAGUGUUGGAUUAAAAUGGAGGUCUGUGGACAGGCUGAAGAAUGGAUUCGUAACAGUAGACUCAGUGAUCUGAUGUUUAAAUAAAAGCUGAUGUGUAAAAGUACAAUUUGGGGAAAAAAGAUCCAUUGCCCUUUUAGUAAUCAAACAAAAAGCUAAUUUUAGGACAUUAACAUUUUCUUAAUGUUAUAUUGCUAAGUUUACCUUUAAACUAAAGUUUAGGAUUUGCCAUGUGAGCUUUUGUUUUAUCUUUUCUACAGAGCAUUCCCAGUCCAGUCCGUAUCAGAUCUAAUAACCCCAACAACAAAAAACGUCUCUUUGAAUUUGCCACACAAUGAACUGCAGGUGCUCUCUUAUUUCUUUUACAGUCAUUUUGAUUGAGUUCAGGAUAUACUUUUUUUUUCCUUUCAAAAAAGUAGUUUGUGGUCUUUUUUGUAUGAGUUAAUGUAUGACAUUGUCUGCCUGUUUUCUGGAAAUAAAAUUGGGUUUAUUUUUUCUGAGAA